AUUGGAAAGUCGGGGGGAGUCAAGAACUCGGGAAUACGGGUUGACGAGUAUGUUCAUUUUCUGUCCUCUUUUCAGCUGUGUAGUGAAUAGAGUGAAAUGUUGAAAGGUAUCUCUUUUGGAGUAUUGUACGAACUACGGGGGCUUCAUGCGACGAUGACUCAUAGCGAAUAUAACCCAAAGAUUUUGAGAAGCUUGGCCUCGCUGAGAGAGACACUUAUGUAGAAAUACGAGUAUCAAUCCGCUGAAGUAAUUGCCUCGAUAUUCCGGUACACAUUCUGCUCGAUUCUCCGCGCGUGUACGUCUUUUUCACGGGGUGACAUCGAGUCUGCUGAGUCUGACAGGCAGCUGACAGGAUGGACGUCCUCAACAAACUUCGUAACACAGUCAGCAACACUAUCAGUAAUACCGUCCAGAAUACCGCGUACGGUCUGUCGCAGCUGUCCAGUGUUCUACCUGGCAAUCCGGUCACCAGGGAGUUCGAGGCGACCGCUCACGUGGCUAGUGCCGGGCCGGGAUUGCUAUGGAAGAUCUACAGCGGUUACAAGAAGUCCACCAAGCAGGAGGCGGCAAUUUUCGUGUUCGAGAAACGUAUGCUAGAGAGAUGGUCCGCUCGAGCGGAUCGAGAGCUCGUGCUGGAAACUUUGAAACGGGGCGUGAUGCAGCUGACGAAGUUGAGGCAUCCGCAGGUACUAACUGUGCAGCAUCCGCUGGAGGAAUCCAGGGACAGUCUGGCGUUUGCAACCGAGCCAGUGUUUGCUAGUCUGGCCAAUGUACUAGGUAAUUAUGAGAAUAUACCUCAACCUACUCCAGCAAGUUUGAAGAAUUACAAACUGCAUGACAUAGAAAUACGUUAUGGAUUGCUGCAGCUAGGAGAGGGCCUGGCAUUUUUGCACGGUGACGUAAAACUAUUGCAUAGGAAUUUGUGUCCAGAAUCAAUUGUCAUCAAUGUUCAUGGAGCUUGGAAGAUAUUUGGUUUUGACUUCUGUGCCUUAAAUCAAAAUACAGAUAGUAAACAGCCAUCAUGGUCUUACCUGGAAUAUGAUUCCACGUUCCCUGUGGUUGUACAACCUCAAUUAAAUUACCAAGCGCCCGAAUGCAUAUUAGCAAGUAGUAACGGACCAUCUAGCGAUAUUUUUGCUCUGGGCAUGCUGAUAUACACAAUACAUUCCUCAGAACAUCAACCGCUACAGGAGUUCCACAAUGAUUUAGGAAAGUGUCGACGUUUCUUAGAAAAUUUUAAAGGAUCUAAUAUUUCAGCAAAACUUCUUCCGAUCCCUGAGAAUCUAAGAGAUACUGUAAAACUUAUGCUAAGUCAUAGUCCAGAAUUGCGAUUAGAUGCCCAUCAAUUUAUUAAGAUCGAAUAUUUCACAGACAUUGGUGUUAAGACGUUAAAUUACUUGGACAAAUUAUUCCAGUGGGAUAAUCUCCAAAAAUCGCAAUUUUACAAAGGUCUUCCACAGUUAUUAAAACAGUUGCCACAUAGAGUUGUACUGCACAGAGUAUUACCUGCUCUCUAUAAAGAGUUAGUUAAUCCGCCUAUGAUACCAUUUGUAUUGCCAAGUAUCUUGCAAGUAAUGGAAGCUACCGAAGUAGAGGAAUUCCGAGAACAUAUUCUACCUAAUCUAAAACCUGUUCUUGCUUUAGAAGACCCACCACAGAUUAGUCUGGUUCUCAUGCAACAAGUAAAUUUAUUAUUGAAACUAUGUCCCACGGACGUCAUUAAGACCGAUAUAGUGCCUAUGUUAUUGCGUGCAUUGGAGUCCGAAUGGGAGCAGCUUCAAGAACUCUGCUUAUCAGCGUUGCCGAGUAUAGUAACGAUGAUCGAGGGACCAGUCAUAAAAAAUGCCAUACUGCCGCGAAUGAAAAAGAUAUGCUUGUCAUCGGGAAAGAAAUCUACUAGUCUUGGAGUACGCGUCAAUUGUUUGUUGUGUCUCGCGAAAAUGUUGCCGAACUUUGAUCGUUGGCUAGUAUUCGAUCAAAUAUUACCAUUUCUCCAGGAAAUUCCACAUUCUGGCGAACCAGCCAUUUUAAUGGCUAUUAUAGGUAUUUAUAGGAUGCUGCUUACUCACAGUAAGCUAGGUAUGGGCAAAGAAAUACUGGCGACGAAGGUAUUACCGUUUCUGUUGCCUCUCUGCAUAGAGCAAAAUCUCAGCAUGUCGCAAUACGAGACACUUUCCACACUAGUCGUUGAUAUGAUAAAUCGAGUGACCAGCGAGCAUCGAGAGGCAUUACGACAAUUGGAUGCGGUGCGCCGUGAGUCGCAACAACUCGAUCAGGCACUUUCUCAAGUGGGAUCGCUCACCUUUAUGCAAAACAGUUUAAGCGACAUUAAUUUAACACCCCAAGUUCCAUCUCCAAAUGCUAAUUCCAAAACUGUAAAUAUUGAGAAUGGGUUAACCAUCGAAGACAAGUUUAGGCUAGCUCAACAGCAAGAAACGCAUCAAAGAAUGCAGUCUCAAUCUAUACUGACUCCUACAGCUGCACCACAAUCCUUAAAAUCGCAACCGAAGGAUUUAACCGCGACUUUGCUCAAAAACAAUCUGGAUGAAUUAAAUAUGUCUAUGUCAAGAUCAUCUAUGUCACAACUAGAUCACUUAGUUACUAAAAAUACUCCGUACAAAUCUAAUGACGUUAAUUUAACGCAGUCACAAUUUUUAACAUCUCCGACGCUUAAUUCGCAAACAAUGUUGAAUAGACCAAUGAAUUGGAAUUCCAAUGGAUUGAACACGCCCAUAAAUUGGAAUUCGCCACAAUCUACUUUGAUGCGAAAUUCUAUCACUCCCCAGAGUAAUGUAAAUUUUGCGACACAACUAGAGAUUAAACCAAAUCUAAAUUUUCCCAUGCAACCUUUUAUGUCACCCACUAAUACGCAAACCAAUGCAGACAAACCUAAUUCAUCAACGCAAGAUAUAAUGGAUUUACUUAGUUAAUAGGUUUAAACGUCUUUAAAAUUAAUAAUAGUAUGAAGGAGACAGCUGCAUUGUUACGAGAGUGAUAUGAAAGCGUUACAAUAAUACAUUGUAAUAAAUGUAUUUUCUCGUCUACUAUAAUUUUUGGUAGCAUUAUCGAAGAUGAAAGUCACUUUUAUAUAUAAGGAAUUAUAAAAAAGUAAUAAAUCAUCUUUUGUAUUGACAUAAGCAAUCAAAGAUUGCAGUAUUAUACCAAUAUUAAAUAACAAUUUUAUUGCAUAUUUUAUAUUGAGGCUGUUUCGUGUAGAGUAAUUCGAUUGUAAAUCUUGAGGAAUAUCUCGGAGAACAAAAAAUUAUUAUUGGAAAGAAUGUCGAUUUUUAAUGUAAAAUAUAUAAGAUGUUUCGUUUGUCUUGGUGAUAGUUUUUGUUUUCAGUUCUUAAGAUAUAUAAUCGAACUGUAUACGAUCUUGUAUAAAACAUAUCUUGUGUAUAUAUAUUCCAUCUAUAUUUUUUAUUUUGAUAAUGUUAUUCAUAACUGGAAAAGUUUAUGUAUGUUGUAAUUUUUCUACGAAUCCUUUAUUGGUUCUAUUGUAUUCUUCCUGUUUUAAUAUUUUAUGAACCAUUAAAUAGAUAUAUUUAUAAAGAAGUAUAAAGUUGACAAAUAGUAGAAUGUACUUUUAAAUAACAUUAAACCAUACGCUUAGUAUGAAAUUAAUUAUAAUUUACUACGAAUGCUGAAAGAUAAUAAUUUCGAAUGUGAUAGUAAAAUGGAAGUCACAGUUUUUUUAUACAGAAAAACGCAUGUUUUUAUUGUGAUUUAAUUCGCCAUACUUCAUCACGCUUCAAUGUACAUACAUAUAGCUUGUCUGCGGGAGGCAGGAUAGAUAAAUUAUAAUGUAAGAAUAUUUAAUAAAAAGGCAUUGCUCAUUCAAAUGAUUGUGGACCGCCAUUUUCAUUCCAUAUUUCGCAAUUGAUAAUAACGGAUGUAUCAUACGUAUAUAUCAAUCUGUAGUCAAUGUUAAAUAACAUGACUGUCAUUUGCUGGCAUCUACUUUUACUGUAAAAUGUCACAAGCUCUGCAGAAAUAAAGUUUAUUUUAUAAAAUAUUUCUGUAUAAAAUAUGAUCGAGCGUUGCGUAUGUUACAAAUGGUUAAAAUAAAAUGUAUUAAUUUUAUUCAGAAUUUUAUGCAUACACAAUUAUUACGUAAACGUCUAUAUAAAGUUUUUUUGUCUGCACAAUUAUUAUUUUGGCAAGUAUGUUUGUACGAAGCUGCAAAAAGAAAAAUAAAUUGUAUGUAUUUAUUUGUAAUAUUGUCUUGGAUUUGUGUGUGUUAUUCAUUUUGUUGUUGUACACGAUUGUUCAUGUUUGCUGUUUGAGUCUAAUAAAAUGCUUGAAAUGUUGAUGC